GGAUGCCCGGAAGAUAUCUUGUCCUUCAUGCUUACCCCAGGGUGUCCACCGUUCCCCACAUUCUGUCCUUUUUGUGGUUACCCAGGAGGCCCCCGUUCCUGCUGGAUGUCCCUUUCCCCACCUUUGCCCCCGAAUGUUAUCCCGGAUCCCCCCAUUUUCCCCGCAGCCAUGUCCCACCAACUCCCCUGUUCCCUCCCCCCUGUUAUCCUGGAGAGAAAUGCCCCAAAGGAGGCUGCCCAAAGCUGCCCUCUGACCAAACCCGUGGGGUUUCCUCACCUGUUACCCUGGGGGACAAGUGCCCAGGCCAAAUGCCCCAUUCAUUCCCCCUUGUUCCUGACUGCUAACCCAGGACAGAGCUGUCCGGAAAAGUUUUCCCCCCUGCAAACAACCCAUGGUCCUGGGGCUGUUUUUUUCCCAGGGUUCCAGGAAAUGGCCCCACUGAACCUGUCCCCCGUAACUGCCAUGGUUCCCCCCCCACUUUGCUUUCCCAGGAGGAACCCAUGUCCAGGGAAACUGUCCCCCCACCCCACAAGUGGCCCCACCUUUGCUAUUUCCCCCGGCCUUUUUGGGUUCCUCCCCGGAUGGUUCCUGGAAAACCCCCUUGUCCCCUCUUGGGUAUCCAGGGCAGGGCCCAUGUCCCAUAGGAUGUCCCCCCUUCCCCCACACCCUUGCUCAAUCUUGCCCCUGCCUGGCAAAACCAUGCCCCCCUGGGGUGGGCCCCCGUGGUCCCCUUUUGCCCCCCAUGUUUAUCCAGGUGGAAAAGUUGUCCUGAAGGGAAUGUCCAGUGGGACCUCCCUGUUUCCUUGA